AUACAUAUUUCAAUAAUUAUUUUAAAAUUUAUUUUCUUUAAACUUUUCAAAGUCGUUAUUUCGGUUACACCUUCUCCGAAGUGUUGUUUUAAUAGAUUGGUCGGACUCUUUGCAACUUGCACUUCAAUUACUCAACUUCAUAGCUCCUCCGAGGUUUGAAUGUCGAGUUUUCCGCAAUAUCAAAUUUUUCCCACUGCAUCGUCGAACCUAACCACACUAUCCACUGGCGUCUCGUGAACGCAUUCUUCGCUUAUUGCGGGCGCAACUGCACACCGCCAGUGCUAGUGAUGCAUACGAAUCGUCGCAACGGAAAUCGCACCCUCAAGCAAACCAAUAAAAUGCACGCGCUUAGCCAUUGUACGUCGCUCCACUACUGGAGGCUCGCGCUAGUGUCCUUCUGCUGGCUGGUCAACACUCAGACCAGUGUCGGAUGUCCAGCUUGUGUUUGCGGUAAGGAUUCCGAUCCCACCUACCGAAACACGUUGCGUGUGAUCGGUGGCAACGCUUCCGACAUCGACCAGUUCCCCUGGAUGGCAGCCCUCUACUACCGGGAACGAUUUACCUGCGGUGGAAGUUUGAUUAACGAUCGCUACAUCCUAACAGCGGCCCACUGUGUUGCCCGGCUAAAUGCGGCCGAUUUCGAAGUGUACCUUCGACGUCCCAACAUCGCCGUCCUGAACGUGGACGCCAUCCAUCGGCGAGUGACACGGAUCAUAAUGAAUCGCUACCAGGAGCUUAGAAAUAACAACGAUGUAGCACUGUUACUGUUGAAGGAGCCAAUCCUGGCAGAGGACGGACUCGUCCCGAUCUGUCUCCCGGUCGAUGGGGCAAACAUCGAUGGGAAGGAAGCGAUCGUUACCGGUUGGGGUACGACGGACAGUGGCGAACUGUCCGAAGAGCUGCAGCAGCUAACCGUACCCAUCCUGACCAAUCAACAGUGCCGGAAGUCGGGUUACUUUCGCUUCCAGAUUACGGCCAAAAUGUUGUGCGCCGGGUAUCUGGAGGGUGGGCGUGAUUCGUGCCAGGGUGACAGUGGAGGCCCACUGCAACUGGCCACGGGUGACAGUGGCCAGCAACAGAUUGUGGGCGUUGUGUCCUGGGGCAACGAAUGCGCCCAGCGGAAUUAUCCUGGAGUGUACGCAAGAGUGACCCGGUUCGUGAGCUGGAUUCGUAGCCACAGCCGUGGUGCUUGCUGGUGCACGGGGUAGAAGGACUCCUACGGAUACGGUUUGUGCAGGUGACAGUGAGCAGUUCAUUUUCCCGGAGAGCUGCUGGAUUGAAUGGAGCGGCAAGUGUUCGAAUGUGAGGUGAAGGCGUAGGGAUGUCUGGGGAGCAGAAAAAUGGAUUACAUGAUGAAUUUUUAAGGGGUGCAAACGGCUGUAGCUUCUCGAAUCUGCCGGAGACAGAUUAUCUAAUAAAAGAGCGUAUUCUUCAGGAAAAUUUUAUCCAAGCGUAUCAUUCACCCAAUCCUCGAGAAAGACAGUUCAAUGGAAAAUUCUUCUUUUUUUUGGAAACAAAUUCUCUUCUUAAGAAUUCCUUAAGCACCCAAGUCCCAAGAAGCAGACCGAUAGCCGAAACGAUCCAGACAUGAUUGGACAGUAAGGAUGUCGGAAAGCCGUCAAUCACAGAGUUUAAGAAGAAUGAACAUUUUAAAUGGAUCCUUUGCCCGAUUGGUUUCAUUUGAUUGAUUGGAAUUGUUGUUGCGUAGGACGCGCUUUGUUAGAAAUACCUGGUAGCGUAAGUUUUAUUGGCAUGCAAUUACUCGGAAGAUCGGCACGCAAAGCAACUGUCUGGCUGGUAUGGUUUUGUCUAAAACAAUCGGACAACUUUCGCUCUGUUGGCUUCACAAGCUUAAGAGGUAGCGUUUUGAAGCUGAAGAUGACUAUCACCAUCAAUCAGCAUGAAUCAUAAAUCUAAGAUGAAUUAUUCAAAAGGAUUGUGAAUGAAUCACACGCUCGGUUGUCUUGGGAGGUUUUGAAAGAAGUAUCGUUAAUGUCUGGAAGCGAAGAAUUCCAAAUGAAGAAGCGCCUUUUCAAAUAAAGGACCCACGGAAGGAUAAACUUUCGUAGCUUUAAAUGCGUUCAACUUUAAAGUUUUAUCAGUAUUUCCUUGGAAAUUGAGUGUCCAUUGCUAUAUAUGCCUUGGAACUUACUAGAUUUUAUAAACCAA